AUGGCAACGCAUAAUGUCCAUGGUGACAUAUGUGAUUUGGCGAUGAGUCGGCUCACAACGUUCUUCUGCUUAGGUCUGAUCCUAGUGGUCAGCAGCAGCAUCAUCUCUGCAAAAAAGCACAACUAUAACGAUGUCGGUCGGACAAUUUCUAUAGAGAUUCCAAGACGUAGCACAUCUAAAGGUCGUCGCCAAGAUGGGUCUGGACACUUUUCCCCUCCUUCCUAUCCCUAUCCGCCCUAUCCGACAUAUCCACCUGGUAACUGCUAUUGUCCGCCGGGCCCACCGGGUCCACCUGGGCCUGCAAGUCCUCCUGGGAUUCCCGGUAGACCAGGUAUUCCCGGUCGGCCAGGUGUUCAAGGCCCAAUAGGACAAAAGGGUGAACCCGGUUCUUCAGGUCCCCCAGGAGUUAAAGGAGCACCAGGCAUGAAGGGAGAAAUGGGACCACCAGGACUCCCAGGACCCCCAGGACGCCGACGUAGAGAUGAUAAUGCACAAAUUCUCACUCUACCGGAGAAUGAAGAUUUUGAGUCGCCUAAGGAUGUGGAUGAGCUUCCCAUAUUGAAAGGCGAUCCAGCAUUAACCGAUGAAAGGGGACAAGCCAAUGGUCCAUCUUCUGGUCAACAGCUUAGCGAUGAUCAUCCUGAACUGCUCGAUCUGUCUGUGGACAAGGAUAUAAUACCGAUAGUCGAACCAGGCCAAUUAUCAGCAUCAAGGGAAAGCAGAGCAACAUGCGUCAAGUUGUGUGAUGAAAGAUAUUUAACUUUGUAA